GGUGAAAGUAUUUAAACCUUUCUUGCAGUCAGUCCAAUCUCAUACUUGUGUGAUCAGCACAUCUGGAUCAUUAUAACGCUCUAAAGGCUUCUCCCAGUCAGCCAUGCGCCGUCCUGGGGUUCAGAUGUGGUCGUGGGCACUUUGUGUCUUGUUGGGCCAGAUGUGUUUAAAGCAAGUGACAGCAGGACCGCUGUACAUGGUAGUUGUACCUGCAGUUCUUGAAGCAGGAGCUCAAACCCAAUUCUGUGCAAACCUCCUGCAGCCAACUGAAAAUCUGCUCAUGACCAUCACCCUGACUUCUGAUGAGAAGGUCAUGACCCUCCUGAAUAAGAGGUCUAAUAAGGAGUUUAAUAUCUGCACUCCAUUUAGGGUUCCUCUUGUGCAGAAAGAUGUGAUUCAGAAUUUCACGGUGGAGGUACGGGGUGGCACAUUUUAUUCCCAAGAAGUCAUGAGAGUAAUGUUCAAAGUCUAUAAACCAGCAAUGUUCAUUCAAACAGACAAGCCCAUCUACCUCCCUGGACAAACUGUAAAUUUCAGAGUUGUCACCCUGGAUACAAAGCUCAGACCUGUCAAUCAGCUGUAUGACACCAUAGAAAUUCAAGACGUUAACAAGAACCGGAUUGGACAGUGGUUGAAUGAAACAUCCGGUGGUAAAAUCUUGCAGCUUCUUUACCCCCUGAACUCUGACGCUCGUGAGGGAAUCUACACAAUCACUGUGUCCAUCGGUGACCAGACAGCAUCUCAGGACUUCAAGGUGGAGAAAUAUGUUUUGCCCAAAUUUGGUGUAACAAUAGCUGCAUCUGAUGAAGUUAGUGUUGGGCAGACUGAAAUCACAGCUGACGUGUGCGCAGAAUACACCUAUGGUCAGCCUGUACCAGGAAGUGUUAAAGUUAGCAUGUGCCGACCUGUGCAACAGUACUAUUACAUUCCAGUUCCAGCUGAUGUAACUGCUCCAUGCUACAAUGAUACCAAGCAGACCAACAAGACAGGCUGUGCCCGUUUCAGCUUUAAGAUGUCAACUUUCACAAAGGCAGACAAGGUGCUGCAGGAUGUGUUGGAUCUUCUUGCCUCUGUGGAGGAGGGGGGAACAGGUGUUUCACAGAAAGCAGAGAAACUGAUAACUGUUUCAUUUGUUCUUGGGAAGUUGUCCUUCACUGAGGUUCCCAAUAUUUAUGUCAAAGGCUCGACCAUUCAGGGAAAAGUUAGCGCAGUCGACUACAGCAAUGCACCCAUUCCCAACAUGGAACUCUACCUGUUUGAGGGAGAAAUCUGGUCGCAGUCUCAGCCGCUACAGAAUCUCACAACUGAUUCUAAUGGUGUUGCCACGUUCUCAUUUAGCACAAAGGACUACAACGGAAACAUCCACCUCUACGUGAGCAACACACCUGUCCUGACCUACCCUCCAUAUCGAACUCCGUACUAUGAAGCUGGGGACAUCACGCUGUCUUUGGCCCAACCGGUCUCUGCUGAUACUCAGACAGUCAGCUCCCUGGUGGUAAAGAACAAAGAUAAACCACUUCCCUGUGACACAGAGGAGGACGUCUUCAUCCAGUACACUCUGGUUGGAGAGACCAAGGGCAACGUGGACGUGAUGUAUCUGGUCUUAUCCAGAGGAGCCAUUAUCAUGCAAGGACUGAAAGAAAUUAAAGUGCAAAGACAAUCAGUGAAUGAGGGUGAGGUGUCCUUUAAACUGAAGGUAUCUCCAGACAUGGCACCAAAGGUCCAGGUUGUAGUUUACGCUGUCCUCCCCAGUGAGACAGUGAUCGCCAGCAGUGCAGACUUCACCACAGAGCAAUGCUUCAGGAACAAGGUGUCGUUGGAGUUCUCUCCGUCCUCAGCUGUCCCAGGAGAGGAGACCACCCUGAAGGUGACGGCUGCACCUGAUUCGCUGUGUGGCGUCAGUGCUGUUGACCAGAGUGUCCUCAUUAAGGAGCCAGGGAAGAGUCUGGAUGCAGAUAAGAUAUAUAAUUUGCUGCCUGUCAAAAUGGCAUCAUCUUUUCCACACGGGGUUGAGGAUCCUGAUGAGUGUCUGUCUGUCAGAAUAAGAAGAUACAUUUUGCCUCAUCCUGGACAUAACCAGAAAGAUGCUUAUACAGUGUUUAAGGACGUUGGACUGAAGGUAGCAACAAACUUGUUUAUUCAAAUGCCUUCAUGCCUCAGGUUUAAAGGAAGAGAUUUCUACUACAAUCGGUUUAAUGUUUAUGGCUAUGGCUAUGGUGCUGUACCCAUGAUGCCCGAAAUGACAAUGGCAGGUCUACCUGGUCCACCUGGUUCAGCUGGUGGGAUGGGUUUUGGGGGGCUAUUUCCAGCGGUAAAUACUGCUCAAGGUGUUGGUGGAAAUGCUCCUCCACCAGUUGUGACAGUCCGUACUUUUUUUCCUGAGACGUGGAUAUGGGACCUGGUGGAAGUUGGAGAGUCCGAAGAGAAGAAUGUGUCCCUCACGGUCCCAGACACCAUCACCACCUGGGAGACGGAGGCUUUCUGUUUGUCCCCUCAGGGUUUUGGUUUGGCUCCUCGUAAACAGAUCAAGGUCUUCCAGCCCUUCUUCCUGGAGCUCACUCUGCCCUACUCCAUCAUCCGGGGGGAGAACUUUGAGCUGAAGGCGACUGUCUUCAACUACCUCAGCAGCUGCAUCAUGGUCACUGUGACUCCUGCCCCGUCUCCACAUUACACCCUCACUCCUCUCUCUGGUGACCAGUACACGUCCUGUCUGUGUGGCAGCGAGCGUAAAACCCUCAGCUGGACCAUGGUCCCGUCCAGUCUAAGGACAGUAAAUGUGUCUGUCAGCGCUGAGGCUGUAGCGUCUCAUGCUACAUGUGACAAUGAGAUAGUGAGCGUUCCAGACAGAGGUCGUAUCGAUGUGGUCACCAAAUCUCUGAUUGUAAAGGCUGAGGGAACUGAGAUAGUGAAGGCCUACAACUGGCUGCUCUGUCCAAAAGGAGAGGCUUUAACAGAGGAACUAGAACUACAGCUCCCACAGAAUGUGAUUGAUGGAUCUGCUCAAGCUUCAGUGUCUGUUCUAGGCGACAUCCUGGGCCGAGCCCUGCAGAACCUGGAGGGACUCCUGCGGAUGCCGUAUGGAUGUGGGGAGCAGAACAUGGCUCUUCUAGCUCCCAACAUCUACAUCCUCCAGUACCUGAAGAACACACAGCAGCUGAGCCCAGACAUCAAAAAGAAGGCGACAAACUUCCUCACCAGUGGCUACCAGAGGCAGCUGAACUAUAAGGACACCAACGGUGCUUAUAGCACAUUUGGAUCAGGACCAGGAAACACUUGGCUCACGGCGUUUGUGAUGAGGUGUUUUUCUAAAGCUCAGUCCUUCAUCUACAUUGACCCAACAAAGAUUGAAGAGUCUAAGACCUGGCUGAUAAGAAAACAAAAAACAAGUGGCUGCUUUGAAAUGUCUGGACACCUUUUUAACAACAGAAUGAAGGGUGGAGUCUCUGAUGAAGUGACUCUCAGCGCUUACGUCACUGCUGCCUUCUUGGAGAUGAACACAUCACCUGAUAGUCAGGUGAUAACAAAGAGCCUGUCCUGCCUCAAAGAGUCCAUCAGUGACCUCAGUAACACCUACACUACAGCUCUGCUGGCCUACGUCUUCACUCUGGCAGGAGACAAGGAGACUCGUUCUCUCCUUCUGCAGCACCUGGACAAAGUCGCAUCCAAAGAAGGAGGUUUCCUCUACUGGUCUCAGAGCUCAGUAGAAACUUCAGCCUCUCUGUCUGUGGAGAUCAGCUCCUAUGUGUUACUGGCCAAACUCAGUGCCUCACCUACAGCUGAGGACCUGGGCUACUGCUCCAGUAUCGUUAGGUGGCUGACGGGGCAGCAGAACCAGUAUGGAGGCUUCUCCUCCACCCAGGACACAGUGGUGGCUCUCCAGGCUCUGGCUCUCUACUCCGCUCUGGUGUUCAGUCCAACAGGUUCCAGCACAGUGACGGUCCAGUCUCCCAGUGGCCAGCUGACAUUUGAUGUGAACCAGAACAACAAGCUGCUGUACCAGGAGAAGACACUGCAGGACACAACAGGAAAGUACAGCCUGGAGGUGAAGGGCACGGCAUGCGCUUCCCUGCAGAUUUCUCUUCAGUACAACGUCCCCACUCCCACUGAUGUCACCACUUUCAGUGUGGAGGUCACACCAGAGAUCAACUGCACCAUCAAAGCUCACAGACCCAAACUCAGUCUGAAGCUGAAAGUAGUAUACAGAGGAAAGUUGAAAAGCACCAACAUGGUGAUCCUGGAUAUCAAGAUGCUCUCUGGGUUUGUCCCAGAGCCAGAGUCUCUGAAGAGCCUCAAACGUGCAGACUUUGUGGAUCGUGUUGAACAAGAGGAAGAUCAUGUUCUGGUGUAUUUUUCAGAGUUAGUAAAGGAAACACCACACAACCACCACCUGGACCUUGUUCAGGAGAUCCAAGUCCAGAACCUGAAGCCGGCUGUGGUCAAGAUCUACGACUACUACCAGCCAAGUGACCAAACAGAGACUCAGUACAUCUACCCUUGUGCUGCAGGAAACAGUGACCAAUAAUAUGGACAUUUCGAAAGAAACACAAGACAUCUUAAAACCUAAAUUCUGUAUUUUUUAGUAUUGAAUUAAAGUUGGCUGAACAAAUGUAGUGUAUUCAAAUUAUUAAAACGUUUAAAACUCAUACAUUUACAUGAAUUUAAUAAAUACAUACAAUGUCAA